AUGUUUCCGUGCUAUAUAACCAAUGGUCGUCGGCGACGACCUUUAUACCCCGACCCUCAGACCUCCAGUUUAUCAUGUCAGUUAAAACAAUUGCGUAAGUUGAAAUGUGCGUUCGAUUGCAUUCGAGCUAACAGUCGGUACAGAGUUAUGGGUCCCACUGGAUCCGGAAAAUCCACGUUUAUUAACAGUUUUGUCCCGCCGGGAUCGUCUAGUGUCAUCCGGAUCGGACAUAGCCUACAGUCAGAGACGAGUAGGGUUCAGCCAAUCGAGUUGGACAACGGCAAUGGUAUCAGGUUUAAACUCGUGGAUACUCCUGGCUUUGACGACUCCCGAGAGGGGAUUACCGAUAUCGACGUCCUAUCCAUGAUCGCAACAUUCCUAGUGCAGGAGGAGAAGCGUUCCAUGCUUGCUGGUCUCAUCUACAUGCAUCGGAUAAGCGAUACCAGAAUGGGAGGUACUGCGCGACAGAAUCUCAGGAUGUUUCACAAGAUUUGUGGACAAGAUUCUCUGAAGAAUGUUGUCAUCGUUACGACGAUGUGGGACAAGGUUUCACCAGAAGAUGGGAAGCGCCGCGAGGAAGAGUUACGGUCCAGUGAGACCCUAUUCAAGCCCUUAUUAGACGAGGGCGCUGCUAUGUACCGCCACGAUGGCACACCGGCAUCUGCAUCGGCUAUCAUCGAUCACCUCCUAUGCACACAGGAGCGUAUGACCACUCAAAUCGUUCAUGAGCUCUUAUACCAGCAAAGAACUCUAGAAGAGACUACAGCGGGAGCCGAGAUCCAGAGUGAGCUCCGUGCUAUCUUGCAGAAGCACACUGCAGAAAUAAGGGGCUUGGAGGAGGAAUUGAAAUCAGCGACAACUGCCUUGACUAAAGAUGAAAUAGCUCUGCAGAAGAGGGACCUGGAGCUGUCAACGAACAAAUUGAAACAGCAGCUUGAAGAUCUGAAGCGUCGCUCUGGCACUAGUGACCAGUAG